AUGCGCUCCGCCGCCGUCCUGGCGCUCCUGCUCUGCGCCGGGCAAGUCACUGCCCUCCCUGUGAACAGCCCUCUGAAUAAAGGGGACACCGAGGUGAUGAAGUGCAUCGUCGAGGUCAUCUCUGACACGCUCUCCAAGCCCAGCCCCAUGCCCGUCAGCCAGGAGUGUUUUGAGACACUGGCAGGCUCGGAACACGACGCGCCCCAUUUACAGAGGGAGAACUGGAGACCUUUGCCUUCACAGACAGAUGUGCCAGGGCUGGGCCAAAUGGGACUUCUCCCUCCUGUCCCCAUCCCAGGUGCCAAGGAGAGGGCGCAGCAGCAGAAGAAACACAGCAGUUUUGAGGACGAACUCUCGGAGGUGCUUGAGAACCAGAGCACCCAGGCUGAGCUGAAAGAGGUGAUGGAGGAGGCAUCCUCCAAGGAGGCUGCGGAGAAAAGAGAGGGUUCUGAAGAGGCCGAGAAGAGCAGUGAAGACACGGAGGAAGCCAGGCCCCAGGCCCUCCCCGAGCCCAGGAAGGAGUCCAAGAUGGAGGGGAACAGCCAGGCCCCUGGGGAUGAGGAGGCCACCAACACCCAGCCCCCAGCCAGUCCCCACAGCCAGAAAGACCCAGGCCUGCAGGCGGAGGGAGACAGGGCAGGUCCCUCUCAGGGCCUGGCGGACAGAGAGAAGGGCCUGAGUGCAGAGCGCGGGCACCAGGCAAAGCGAGAGGAAGAGGAAGAGGAGGAGAAGGAGGCAGAGGCAGGGGAGGAGCCUGUCACUCCUCUCCAGGUCAUGGAAGGCCCCACUACAGCACUCAGCCCAUUCCUCGGCCACAGGGAGGUCCAGAGAGGCGAGAGUCGGUCGGAGGCUCUGGCCGUGGACGCAGCCAGGAAGCCCGGGGCUGAGGAGGCUCGGCCGCUGCGGGGGAAGGGAGAGCAGGAGCACUCCCGGCAGCAGGAGGAGGAGGAGGAGGAAGAGGAGAUGGCAGGGGCCCCUCGAGGCCUCUUCCGGGGCGGGAAGAGCGGGCAGCUGGAGCGGGAGCAGGAGGAGCGGCUCUCCAAGCAGUGGGAGGACGCCAAGCGCUGGAGCAAGAUGGACCAGCUGGCCAAGGAGCUGACGGCCGAGAAGCGGCUGGAGCGGGAGGAGGAGGAGGACAGCCCUGACCGCUCCAUGAAGCUCUCCUCGCAGGCCCGGGGCUACGGCUUCAGGGGCCCUGGGCCGCAGCUGCGACGAGGCUGGAGGCCAUCCUCCCGGGAGGACAGUGUCGAGGCGGGCCUGCCCCUCCAGGUCCACGGCUACCCCGAGGAGAAGAAAGAGGAGGAAGGCAGCGCCAACCGCAGACCAGAGGACCAGGAGCUGGAGAGCCUGUCGGCCAUUGAGGCGGAGCUGGAGAAGGUGGCCCGAGAGCUGCAGGCGCUGCGGCGGGGCUGA